GUCCAGUGACAAUAUUAUUGUGCUUGGUUCAGAUUUAACCCCAUCACACUCAUGGCAGCAUGUUUGAAAAUUUCUAUCAUCAAAUUGACAAAGAGCUUGGACCCCUCAAUCCAGACUGGUUUGAGGAGUUGACUGCAAAAGCUUCCAGAGAUGAAGGACGUCCUGACAGUUUGAAAGCUGAGUGGGAAGAGGACACUGUCAAAGCACCAGAGACAUCAGCCCUGGCCAGUCAGCUGAAUUCUACACCCAAAAUAUUUAAGCAACAACACUUUCAGUCCCCUGAUUCCAUUCCUAAUGAAGAGUCACCUUAUGAAGACUUAUCAGCUUUUCCCUGGUCAGAAUCGAGCCCUUGUUUGUUUGGCUCAGCCAAAGACAGAUUUGAUAGAUCCUGUGAAAAACCUAGAGAUUGCUUUGGCCUUCUGGAGACACCAAAAAGGUCUUUGGCACGUUCAGCAAAGCUGAUAUCUGAGAGCCUUGGGGCACAAAUCAACCCUGACUUAUCUUGGACCAGCUCCUUUAACACACCAUCAUCUUUGACUCCCACCGUGAUAUUGCCAAAAACAGAGGAUCGCCGUCCUUCAUCAAGUGGCCUCAAAGACAAGGAAGCAAUUUUUGUGCGGAAACUGUUCCCAUCUCUUUCAAAAGUCUCUGCAAGCACUGCAUCAUUAAAUGAUACAACAUUAAAACAAGAUGCCAAAAGUGAGACUAUUCAGGUUGAUGACUUGGGAGAAAAUCCUGUUUGCUCUUCAAAUGCAUCUCUGGAUACAAGUGGUCUGUGGAAGCAGACUGUUCCCAGCGCUAUAGAGGAUGGGGAUGUCCGGACCACAGUGCAGAAUGUUCUUGAUGGUGCUGAGGAUGCGUUAUCAAUAUUCUUCAGCAACAGUACUUCAACUCUGCGGAGAAUCAAAACCAAAGAGAGGAUCAGAAGGAGAAUAUCUGAUUCUUCAAAGGAUGUCAAAUCGGUUGUUCUAACUACAGAGCCAGAAGAGAUAUUAAAGGCUGAUGUAGAAACAAAAAGCCUAAACAAUAUUAAAGACAUCAUUCAAUGGACCCCACUAAGUUUAUCAGAAUCUAUUCUAUUGAAUGGAGACGGAGACUGUUCGGGGGCGUCUUUGAUAAACAAUCACAACACUGUAGCAUCCAGUGAAACUAAUGGUUUUACUGUUUUCAACUGCACUGGAGAAAGUAGCCAAACUUUUUCACAGAGUGUAAGACUCAGAUCUUAUCCAGAAGAAUCUGAGCGUCAGAAGACUUCACCUGCUUUCAUGAAAUCACCUGCUUUCAUGCUCACUAGAAAGUCCAGGAAGUUUGUGUAUCAAGUGCCAAGUUCCGAUUUGUCAAAGACUGUAAUUGAGCACAAUGCAGCUCUACCAGUAUGUUCGGACCAUACUGACAAAGAAAAUUCCUCAGUUGAAAAGGAGUCUAGUGACCUUAACAAAUCCAGAUUCGCCAGUGAGUAUGCAAUCAAUAAUCAGACACAGCUGCAAGCCGUCGAACCGUUAUCUACAGAACCCCAUGAUUUCGACCCCGGAUUGGAUAUGACACAGCUUUCCAAAGCAUUUGCAGAGGAUUUCACACAAGAAAUAAGGCCUGGAUUGCUGCUUGACGUGCCUGUGAAGAGUGACCAAAAUGGCCAAGUGCAACCUAAAGCUGAGUUUGAGGAGAACAAAGUUGGGAAUCACAAUGACAUCUCUAAUUUAGCAGAAAUGUCUGUCAACUCCCCAAACAAGUCAACGGUCAUGCUCACAACUUUUGAUAUCAGUCAUGACAGUGGUUGCCCCACCACCUUUUCAGAUUUGGAUGGUACGACAGCCUCAUGCGCAGACAUCAAGGAGUUUUGUCCUACAUUUCAAACUGCAAACAACAAGGCCAUUUUCGUACCAAGUGAGGCUGUAAUGAAGGCUAAAGCAUCAUUGGAUGAAGCUGCAGGGGACGGUUUGAGCAUCACUUUAAAUCAAACAACUCCAAAACAUUAUCAAACAAUUGAAACAUUGUGCAACUCCGUUUCAGGAAGCACUAAUGCAACCAGAUCUCCUGUAGGACAGUUCAUCUUCCCUAACCAUGCAUCAAUAACGUGUGUUAGUGAUGCGCCAAAAAGUGACAGUCCAAAUAGCUUUAAAAUGAACAUUUCAAGUUACUCUUCACCACAGUCAAAUGAAUCUGAUUAUAAAAUGGGUUCAAAGAGGAAUAGUACAGCUUUAGAUGUUAGCCUUCAAACAGAGACUCUUUUGAAAGAGAAAUUGUGGAGAGAUUCAUCAAAGUGCGUUAAUCAAAAACUGGAUUUUAAAAGAAGUGCUAAAAGACAGACUGUGUCCAACAUUAACAGCACACACAAACCCACUGCAGUGGACUCCAGCCGUGAUGAUGUUGAGAAGAAUGGCACUUUGACAGCUUCUCAAAAGGCUGAUGUUACAGAAUUGUGCAAUCUUUUGGAGGAAGCAAAUAGUCAACAUGAAUUUACCCAGUUCAAACCGACAAAUCUUGGCUCUGAGAACAACACCACUGCAGAGAGAGAGUGGGAUCCUGACAUAGUCAACGGCAUCGACUUUGAUGAUAGUUUUAACUGUGAUUUUAUGAAAGGAAAGCAUCCAGUCAAGAAAGACGCUUCUUUGGUAAACAGUUCUGGUCAUAUUCAAAUUGUAGAUGCUGCCAAAUUAUGCACCAUGUCAAAGGAAACACGGAAUGGUACUGUGCCUUUGUCAGUGACUGAAGACAAUUCUUUAGUUGAUGGAUUGAAGAAUGUGUCUAAUUUUACUGAUAAUACUCAGUUCCACUGCCUUGGUUUUAAAACUGCUGAAGGGAAACUUAUAAGCAUCUCAGAAAAGAGUUUAAACAAAGCAAAUAACUUUUUUGAAGAGGAUGAUCAAGAAGUCAAAUCUGAGUAUUCUGAAACAAAGCUUUCAGCCAAUACUUCUGACAGUGUAAGCACAGAAAAUAAAACCCACAAUGUAAAAAAUUCACAUUUCGGCUGUGUAUAUGUAAAUGCAGCUUGUAAAGAGAUAAAUGAGCAAGUGGCAGUAAAAGCAGGAAUGGAGCAGAAUUGUUUAGGUGAAAAAACAGGUGUUGUUUGUGUUGACUCGUAUAGUCAUCUUGGAUUUAUUACAGCUAAGGGAGCGAAGCUGAAAGUGUCUGAAAAGGCGCUUUUGCAAGCAAGAAAACUUAACGAUGUUGACAGCUUUGAGUCGCAAACUUGCGUACUCGCUCUCCACGCUUCUGGAAAACACGAUGCCUCUAUGUCAACGACUAGCCUUCAGAAAACAAAAGCUGUUUCUUGGAGUGAACCCUCUAUAAAAAUGAAUCAGCCAGACUCCGUGGUGGUAAAUCAAAUAUCUGAUGUUCCGGAUAUUCCUUCCUUCAGCAGUGAGAAUGUCUUCCAAGAACAAAAAUCUAGCAAUGAUGCUAAAGAAGUUUGUGCAAAUAUAUUUCCCUCAGAAACUUUUGUGCCUCAGUCAGGGCAAGGCUAUGGUUUUCAGACCGCCAGUGGGAAAGCAGUUUCUGUUUCAGCCAGCACCCUUAAGAAGGCAAAGGGCAUAUUCAAAGACUGUGAUUUAAAUAUUAACAGCUUGGAAUCUGCAAAUAUGGAGGGAAAGAAUGACAAACCAGUUGAAAUCAUUGAACAAACAAAUGCAUCCAUUUCAAAUUGUAAAAGUGUUUCAUUUUCAAAUGUGGUGAAGGCCAAAACUUUUCUCAGGGACACUGAUCUGAUUAAUGACUUCUCAUUGCAGUCCUCUUUGCAACCCUCUCACCAGCAACCCCCUCAGGACAAAGUAUGUGAGAAAAAAGGCAUUCAAAAUGAAUUCUCUAAGCAUCACUCUGAGUUGCUUCCUCUUAACGGCAACUGUGGUUUCAGUACAGCCAGUGGUAAGAAGGUAUCCAUCUCAGCUGGAGCACUACAGAGAGCUAAGGAUGUAUUUUCUGAGUCAGUUGAUGGUAUCGAAUGUGUUAAUAGUUCUCCAAAGACAAAGCAGGCUGUCGAUAACAAAACAGACUAUAUUUCCUCAAGAGAACACAAAGGAUUCUGUACAGCAGGUGGGAUGAAGGUGGCUGUCUCUGCUACUGGGCUACAAAGGGCAAAGUAUAUCUUCAGAGAUUGUGAAGAGGAGAGUUUAUCAUCCAAAGAUCUUCAGUACCAAAACUGUAGAGGUUUCAGCAAUGUCUCAGAAAAGACACAGAUUAAGGUAAAACCGGCAUUUGCAGGUUCCAGUGACGUCCCUUUCAGCCAUGAGCCUGAAACUGGGAAUUCUUCAGGAAAACCGGUAGGAUUCUCUACAGCAGGUGGAAAGAAGGUGGACAUUUCUGCCACUGCACUUCAGAGGGCCAAGAGUCUGUUUAACGAUUGUGAAGAGGAGGUAGCUUCUGUGAGUUUUCAGCACCAAGCCUGUAAAGGUUUCAGCACUGCCAGUGGCAAAGAUGUUACUGUCUCUGAAAAAGCACUGAGGGAGGUUAGAGCAGCAUUUGCAGGUUGUGAGGAUGCCUCGUUCAGUCAUGAGCCUAAAAAUUCUUCAGGAAACAAUGUAGGAUUCUCUACAGCAGGUGGGAAGAAGGUGGCCAUCUCUGCCAAUGGACUUCAGAAGGCUAAGAGUCUCUUUAACGAUUGUGAAGAGGAGAAUUUAGCUUCUGGGAGUCUUCAGCACCAAGGCUGUAAAGGUUUCAGCACUGCCAGUGGCAAAGAUGUUACUGUCUCUGAAAAUGCACUGAGGGAGGUUAGAGCGGCAUUUGCAGGUUGUGAGGAUGCCUUGUACAGUCAUGAGCCUAAAAACUCUUCAGGAAACAAUGUUGGAUUCUCUACAGCAGGUGGGAAGAAGGUGGCCAUCUCUGCUACUGCACUUCACAGGGCCAAAAGUCUCUUUAACGAUUGUGAAGAGGAAAAUGUCGCAUCUAUGGAACUUUCAUCAGAAAAAGUCCUGCCUCAGACUAAGAGUUCUCAUAGAAAAAGUGAGGACAUUGUGGAUGAAAACCUAAAGUUUGAACAACUAAAAAAGAAAAACUGUGGUUUCAGCACUGCUAGUGGUAAAGGUGUGUCUGUAUCAAAAGUUGCCCUUGAGGAAGCUUCUAAAUUAUUCGGAGACUGUGAUGCCCAAGUAACGGCUACUGAUAACCAACUGCUACAGAGUGAUUUCUCAAAACACUGUACUCAACAUAAAGAGAGACGAUCCGAAACCACUCUACAUCCUUUGCCAUCUAAAGUUACUCAAAAUAUACCUGCACAACUAGACUUGAACUCUUUGGAUUUUAACAGUUGCACAGACACCCAGCAGGAGUACUUUGAGCAGGAAGCGAUGGCUUGCACUGAAGCUUUACUGGCAGAUGAUGACCUGAAUGAUUCGGCCAAGUUGGUGAUGUCAGAGGGCACUGAUUACCAAAAACGUCUAUCUAUUUAUGAUCGACAGACACAGGGGUCUUUUGACCUGAACAGGAGGAGAAAACGUCAGUUUGAUUCCUGCAGUAUAGCAGAUUCAGGGCAGCCUCCUUUGAAAAGACAACUUCUCUCUGAAUUUGACCAGACUUUAGAUGCAAAAUCCUCUGGCCUCAAACCACUAAAAAGCUGUCCGAAUGGAACUCUAAAAGACAGACGUGUCUUCAAAUAUAAUGUCCUCCUCAAGCCGAAUGUCACUGCUCCCGAUUGGCAUCAUGUUGGCGAAAAGUCAAAUGACCUCGAAAAACAUUGUUCUACUGUGUCUGUCCAAAACCGACGCAACUCAGACACCAAAGGAGGGGUGUUUGUGUCCCCUAUUCAGGAGGUUAUGAUGACUGGUACAUCAAACUGUCAAAAUGUCUCUAAAGUGUCCAGUGGUUUUAUGCCACCUUUCAAGAAGGAAAACAAAGAAAAAACUGAUCAUUGCAAUCAGAUGGACCAAAAGAUGAAGGCUUCUACAUCACAUAGUGACAGUGACCUACAUGAGGGUUUUAAGCCUAAAUCAACCACUUCAGUGGAAAGCGUAGUGAAAAUCAUGAACUCUGAAGAGAAAGACCCUGAGGUAGGGCAGGAGACCUUGAACCUAGCCAGGGAUAUGCAAGACAUGAGGCUAAGAAAGAAGAAAAGGCAGACUAUUCGUCCUCUACCUGGCAGCCUUUACCUUGCUAAGACUUCUGGUGUCCCCAGAAUAGGUUUGAGAUUUGCAGUUGGAUGCAAAUGUCCUGGUCAAUACACAAAGGAAGAGCUUUAUCAGCAUGGUGUUCAUCAGAAAGUCUCAAAAAUAACCAGUGAAAAUGCUGAAUCAUUCCGAUUUGACUGUAAUGACUUCUUCAAACGUGAGCUUCUCAUUGAGUCUGGUGCUGUCCAGCUGGCAGAUGGAGGCUGGUUGGUUCCAGACAGUAAGGGUACUGUGGGCAGAGACGAAUUUUAUAGUGCAUUGUGUGACACCCCUGGUGUUGACCCCAAACUGAUCAGUGAUGCCUGGGUGUUCAACCACUACCGAUGGAUUGUAUGGAAAGGGGCCUCCAUGGAAAGAUCCUUUCCCGUUUUGAUGGGUAGCCUGUGUUUGACUCCAGAGCAAGUACUUCUGCAGCUGAAAUUCAGAUAUGAUGUGGAGGUGGAUCACAGUCAGAGAUCUGCUCUUAGGAGGAUCAUGGAGAGGGACGACACUCCAGCUAAGACAUUAGUGCUUUGUGUAUGUGGUGUUGCUAAAACUUGUCAAAAUCCAGAGAAGCCAGUGAAAGAUGAAAAAACACCCAAUGCAAAGAUGGAGUCCUGUGUGAUCUGGCUCACAGACGGCUGGUACGCCAUCAAAGGCAUGUUGGACCCUCCGCUUUCUGCCAUGCUGAACAAGGGCCGUCUCCGAAUCGGUGAUAAGAUUGUUACUAGUGGAGCAGAGUUGGUUGGUUCCCAAGAAGCCUGUUCUCCACUGGAAGCUCCUGAAUCUCUGAGGCUAAAGAUUUCAGCCAACAGCACAAGACGAGCUCGAUGGGACACUAAGUUGGGGUAUUAUCGUGACCCUCGGCCUAUCAGGCUCCAGCUAUCCUCAAUGUACCCUGCUGGCGGUGUUGUGAGCUGUGUGAACAUUGUGGUGUUGAGAAGUUACCCCACUCAGUGGAUGGAGAAGAAGCCCAACGGUGUCUUUAUAUUUCGCAACGAUCGUGCUGAAGAGCGAGAAGCCAGAAAACACAGCAACUCAAAGCACAAAUCCAUGGAUCUCGUUAUUUCUAAAAUACAGACCCAGUUCGAAAAAGAAAUGGAAGGUAAUAAGAAAGGUCGAAGGCAAAGGAGGACAUUUAGUCGACAUGAGAUUGAAGCUCUGCAGGAUGGGGAAGAGUUGCAUGAGGCAAUGGAACAGGAUCCUGCUGUUGAGACCCAUGUAAGUGAGAGGCAGAUGGAGGCGGUGAGUAAGUACAGACGCUGUCUAGAGGAAAGAAGUCAGGCGGAGCUGCAGGAGCGUGUGCAGAAGGCUGUAUUGGAAGCCCAAGAGGCUGAGGGUGGGUGUCCCAAUCGAGAUGUCACUCCUGUUUGGAAGCUCAGCAUUACCGACGCCAAUGACCUGCAGAACGACCGUGUUUACACGCUGAAUAUCUGGCGCCCGUCGCGGGACUUGUAUGGCUUGCUAAGAGAGGGCCACAGAUACAGGGCGUAUCACCUCGCCACAUCUGAGGGGAAGAAACGCUCAGGCAUUGCUCACAUACAACUCACUGCCACCAAGAAAACACUCUUUCAGGAUAUUGAGGUGUCUCCGGAAUGGGUGCAUCAGCAUUUCCGUGCUCGAGAGUGCGUACGCUUCAGAGAACUUCAAAACUCUCAAUUCAGCUCUCCUUGUGGGGAGGUGGACAUUGUGGGAUAUAUUGUCUCCAUAGUGGGCAAACAAGGAAAUUGCCCGGUACUGCAUCUUGUGGAUGAGAACUUCGAUCUGGUCUCUGUGAGAACCUACAGUAGUCUGGAGCAAGUGGCUGUAGAAGAGCUGGUAAAGCCGCGAGCACUGAUUGCUCUUAGUAAUCUUCAGGUGAGACUGCUCUCUGGACCUGUGCCAAGCCUUUGUGCAGGAGAACAAGCACUAUUCUCCGUAAACCCCAAGGAAUCCCAUCUGCAAGAAGCUAUGGCCCAUCUGAAGACUUUUGCACAGACUUGUGAGGAGUUUUUCAGCAUUGCGGAGGAGAAAGUCUCAGAUGUGGUUCCUUCAGGUGUCUUGGAUUGUUUUCAGUCUCCAAGAACCCCUAGUGUGCAGUCUUAUCCAAAAAUUAACGGCAGGGUAACCCCGCAGCAGAAAAGCAGCGGUUUCUCGCCUUUCACCCCAUUGAAUAGAAGAACACCUGUGUCUGCAAGUUACAGUGAGGGAAAAGACCCCAAAAACUUGAAAAGAAGACAAGGUUUGGACUACUUAUCACGUAUCCCGUCCCCUCCACCAAUCAUCCCCCUGAAAACUAGAGCUUCUCCCUGUGUUAGCAACACCUUUAAUCCUCCAAGGAGAUCUGUGACUCCUAAACCUCCACAGAAUGAGUCACCUCGAGCCUCGCGUCCCCCACCGGGAGAGGAGGAGUGGGUGCAUGAUGAAGAGCUGGUGAUGAUUGACACCCAGGCGUUACUGGAUGGGCUAAGGGAAGGCUGAUGGGAAAAGUGUGACUCUCCUGGUGAAACACUAAAUGUGAGUUAAGACACAAGAACAAUUCCAGCAUUCAAGUGGUUGAGAACUAUGGGUAAUGCAAGUACUGUUCACACUGUGUUGGCAGAGAAAGCAAAUGGCAUGUUUUUGCUUUCUGGUUAACUGGUUUACUGUGUUUCUCUAAUUGUAAAUGAUAUGCAAGGUAUGCACCUUUUUACAACUGCUGCUAUCAUUUUAAAAAUUCUUUCU